AUGAAUUCACCUGGAAAUUACUCUUGUUCAUGUAAUAAAGGAUUCAAAAACCAAGACCCCAGGACCUGCGUCACACAUUCCGCAGCAGACAACACAUCCAAAAAAGUUUUAUUCGCAGUUGUUGGGAGCUUCAGUUUUUUACUGGCGGUUGUAGUUUCAUUGAUGCACUACAUGAAGAGAAGGAAGGUUAAUAAACUUAAAAAAGAAUACUUUGAGCGAAAUGGCGGCUUAUAUUUACAAAACCAACUGAAGAGGUACAAUGGACAUGUUGAUACACCCAGACUCUUUACGGAUAAAGAACUUCAGAACGCCACAAACAACUACCAUGAAGAUAGAAUAAUUGGUGAAGGGACCUAUGGGAUCGUAUACAAAGGAAUACUGGAAGAUGAAAAAGUGGUUGCCAUAAAACAAUCCAAACUUCCUACUAGCCCAGGCCAGAGUAAUCAGCUUGUGCAUGAGGUGAUUGUUGUUGCUCAAAUCAACCAUAAAAAUGUAGUGAAGCUCCUAGGUUGUUGUUUAGAGACCCAAAGGCCUUCACUGGUUUACGAGUACGUCUCCAACUGCACUCUUUACGAUCACAUUCAUAAAAAAGGUGGCAGAUUCCGACCGCUUUCAUUGGCGUUACGACUGAAGAUAGCCUCUGAAACUGCACAAGCACUAUCAUAUUUGCACUACUCCAGUCGCACACCAAUUAUACAUAGAGAUGUGAAAGCGAUGAAUAUAUUGUUAGACGAGAAUUAUGUGGCCAAAGUUUCCGACUUUGGAGCUUCAAAAUUGGUUCCUGAAGAUCAAAAUCAAGUAUCAACUCUGGUGCAAGGAACAAUGGGAUACUUGGACCCCGAAUAUCUCCAGUCAAACACACUGACAGAAAAGAGCGAUGUCUAUAGCUUUGGAGUUGUCCUGGCGGAGCUGUUGACAAGCCAAAAGGCUCUUUCUUUUCAGAAGCCAGAGGCAGAGAGAAACCUAGCAAACUUGUUUGUUUCUUUAGUGGAACAGGGUCGCUUGGAUCCAAUCCUUGAUGCUGAAAUAGCAAUGGAGGGGAAAUUCGAGAAGGUCGACAAAGUGGUUGAUCUGGCAAACAGAUGUUUAAGCUUAAGAGGGGUUGAAAGGCCUAGUAUGAAGCAAGUAGCUAUGGAGCUGGAAGAGAUUAUAAGCAAGGGAAGGCAUCCAGCUGCGGGGAAGGCUAAUUACUUUACAUCUCCCAAAGACACCGACCACUUACUUGGAUCACCUGUUUACAUUGUUGAUCUUGAAGGGAAUGAUGGUGGUUCUAGUGGAAUUAUAACCAGUGCAGACUACGACAAAAGCCUACGAACUCAAAUCCAAAUGAAUAAGCAUUACGAUAAUGGGCGAUAA